CGGUCCAGGCGGCGCUGCUCGGCUCCGACUCUGAUAAGACUCCUUGGAAGAAGACGAGGACACGCUAGAGACUGAGUCCACAGUUACAGGGUUUAAAUGUUUCUCCGGGUCUUUGUCUCUGGGUGAGUUCCUCUCAUGGACUUAAAGAAUAACUUUUAGAGUCCUGGGUCUGGAUCUGGAUCUGGUUCUAGUUCUGGAUCUGUUUCUGGACACGCUCUCAUCCUCGGAGGAUUUUACGCAGCUUUCUCCCAGUCGUCCUCUGGUUUGGGGACAGUGUCUCUGAGGACCGGGGGCCCCUCCGGUCCUCCAUAAAUGCCCGGUCCCGUGGAGGAGCCUCGAGGCUGGAAGGCAACAUGCGCUCCUGGGUCCGGCUCCUGUUUGCGCUCCUGGCGACGACGCUGCGCUUCGGCGAGUCCCAGGGGGAAGUUCUUCCUGCAGCCCUGGUGGAGCUGGUUCGAAACAACCCCAUCUCCUCCAUAGAAGACCUCCAGCUGCUGCUCCUCUCAGACUCCACAGACGAGGAAGACGAGGCGUCUGCAGCCAACGGAGGUCACAGAACGCCACGAAGCCUGAAUGCUCAGCCGGCCCAGCAGGCUCUGUGUAAAGUCCGGACCGAGGUGGUGGAGGUGACCAGGGCCAUGCUGGACCGCAGCAACGCCCACUUUCUCCUAUGGCCGCCCUGCGUGGAGGUGCAACGUUGCUCCGGAUGCUGCAACACCAAGAGUCUGCAGUGUGUCCCCGUCAUCACACACACCAGAUACCUACAGGUCAUGAAGAUCGAGUACAACAACAAGCGGCCGACGUACACCAAGGCCGUGGUGGCGGUGCUGGACCACGUGGACUGUAGAUGUCAACCACGUCCUCCACCGUCCAGGAAGAAGACACCACGGAGACACCAUCGAAACCAGACGCUGAUCCACGGACACACGCCUGGACAGGUCAAGGUUCAGUCCAAGGACGAGCUCCACCAGUGGGACGAGCUGAAGCGGAACCAGAGGGUCCACCUGGACGAUCUGCACUGGAGCUCCAGAGGAGACACCUUCUCUCAGCCCGGAGACGGGGAGGACGGGGUGGGCUUUGGUCCACACUGGGCUCAUAAUGCCAGCACACUUCUAGGGACUAGAGACGGAUCUGAGGUCCAGGAGGACAGGACAGUCCGAGCCAAGAACAGAACCACUGACGUCCUGCUCAACAGGACCGAGGGGGACAUGAACGAGGUGGACACAGCAACACUGGUUCUGUCCCAGGAUGGUUCCUCUCAGCGGGUCACUCCACAACCUCAGACCAGGUUCAUGUCCACAGAGGACACCAUCAGGUUCAGACCAACCAAAGAACCAAACCCAGAACCUCGACCCCCGUCCAGACGCAGAGACAACGAGACUCCAGAGGACCAGAGGUCAUCACAGAGGAAGGAGGACAGGAAGGAGGUCCUGGUCCUCAACUGGAGGUUGGACCAAGAGGAGACACUGAAGCAAAUGAAACGAGAAGAUGAGGAUAGACUGAAAGAGACGGAGACAGACGGAGGGACACAUGUCCACCAUCUGCAAACAACAACACCAGCCAGGACGACGUCCACCACCACCACCACCACCACCACCACCACCACACGGCCUCCGUCUCUUCGUCCAAACCUGACCAGGAGACGGAUGAUGAAGAACCGUAAACGGAUCAGCAAGGCAGCGAUGAGGGCGAUGCUGAUGAUGUAGACCACCAGAUCCCCCCAGUAACACUACUAAUGAUGAACCUGUAACCUGGAGGCCGGCCGUCUCAGAGGACUCGGGAAGGCCGAGUGGUGUGUGGAGGACACUGUGGACGACACUCCACCUGGACCCGGGUUUAGAUAUCAGCAGAGACUCAAACCUGCACUUAAACCGAGUCCGUGGAGGGCGGAGCUUCUUUAAAGGGACGAUGUUUGGAGACAACGUGUGAUAUCAUCAGAGCUCAUUAAAGCACCCUGGCCUCAGCUGUUGACUCUGGACAGACGGCAUCAGAGGACAGCGCUGUGUUUCUUAUUUAUUUCUGAACCUGUUUCCUGAUGGUUCUCUUUAGACCAGGGGGGUCCAACUCAUUCUAGUUCAGGGACCACAUUCAGUCCAGUUUGAUCUGAAGGGGUCGGACCAGUAACACAACACAAUAAUAACCUACAAAUAACUCCAGAUGUUUCCCUUUGUUUAGGUCAAAGAAGAACAAGAGUUUCCAUUUUAUGAACCAAACUAUUUAACGAACAACUGGACGUUUCUAAAAACAAAGAAGUGGAGUUUCUGUUUAGGGUCAGGUCUCAGUGUCGAGUUAUGACCACAACUCCUUCCACUCAUUCCGUAGAAGUUUUAUAGAAACAGGAAACUAAAGAGAACCAGGAGCCACUUAUAACGAUGAUAUUUCCAAUGUUCUUCUUAAGUUAUUGAGAAACGAGUGCUCUUCUUCUUCUUCUUCUUCUUCUUCUUUUUCUUCUUCUUCUUCUUCUUCCUCUUCUUCUUCCUCUUCUUCUUCCUCUUCUUCUUUCUCUUCUUCUUCUUCUUCACACCAACUCACAACUGUUACUUACUUCUGUUUCUUUGGGACGUGGUGGAAAAGUUUUGUGAUAACUUUGAUAUUUUGAUGUAAGAAUCUAACGUUCGACAAUCUG